ACUUUUAAUGUAACUUUAUAUUAUUCUGAUUCUUAUCGUAAAAUUUUUAUAUCUAAAAGCGACUUUGAGGCAGCUUUUAAUUCUUUGAAUUCUUCAGUAGCAAUGGAAAUGGAUUCGGUGAAGGAACUGUUGAUUCAAUUUAGAGUUACUGCUAAUUCAUUCUUAUCUGAAUAUGAACCUCUAGCUCUUGUUCUCGCUCCUCUCCUAACUCUUCUCCUAGCUCGAAUUCUCCACUCUCUGUUUCGCGUUUUCUACGAAAAUGGACUCAAAUCCACUCUUUUUGGGUUUCUCAUGGCCUCUAUCAAGUUGGUGCCUGGAGUUAAGAGCUACAUCGAUGCUGAGAAGCAGAAGGUUGUAGAUAAGUUGCAGUCUGGUAGUAAAUCUAAACGAGAGGGCUGGAGGGUCGAGUUGCCAAUGGAAGGCUUAGGAACAGAAAUAAUUGAGAAAAUGAAGGAAGAGAAGAGAAAUGAUGCAGUUUGGCAAGGAAAAUGUUCUGGUACAGUCUACAUUGGAGGGAGUGAAUCUGAAGGACAUUUUUCUAUUAUAAAUGAGGCAUGUUCAAUGUUUGCACACACCAACCCAUUGCAUCUCGAUGUAUUCCAGAGCAUAGCGCGAUUUGAGGCAGAAGUAGUUGCAAUGACAGCGUCACUGCUUGGUAGCAAAGAAAAGGCUUCUGGAGGAGAAAUAUGCGGAAACAUGACAUCUGGAGGAACUGAAAGUAUAUUGUUGGCUGUGAAAUCAUCCCGAGAUUAUAUGAAGGUUAAGAAGGGAAUUACGAGACCUGAAAUGAUUAUACCGGAAUCAGCACACUCAGCAUAUGAUAAGGCAGCGCAAUACUUUAACAUUAAGUUGUGGCGUGUUCCAGUAAAUAAAGAAUUUCAAGCAGAUGCCAAAGCAAUCAGACGGCACAUUAACAGGAAUACCGUUUUGAUUGUUGGAUCUGCACCAGGGUUUCCUCAUGGCAUCAUUGACCCUAUUGAGGAGCUGGGUGAAUUGGCUUUUCGAUAUGGAAUAUGUUUCCAUGUUGACCUGUGUCUUGGUGGUUUUGUAUUACCUUUUGCUCGUAAGCUUGGGUAUCCAAUGCCGCCUUUUGAUUUUUCUGUUAAAGGAGUAACCUCAAUAUCAGUAGAUGUGCAUAAAUAUGGACUGGCUCCUAAAGGAACGAGUGUAGUUCUGUACAGAAAUCAUGAUAUUAGAAAGCAUCAAUUUGUUGCUGUCACGGAAUGGUCAGGUGGGCUCUAUGUGUCUCCUACCAUUGCUGGAAGUAGGCCAGGUGGUCUAAUAGCUGGGGCUUGGGCAGCAAUGAUGUCACUUGGACUAGAAGGGUACUUGAAGAACACAAAAGUGAUCAUGGAAGUGACGAAAAAAAUACAGAAAGGAAUAGAGGAGAUGCCUGAGUUAUUUGUAAUUGGAAGGCCAGAUAUGACAAUUGUGGCGUUCGGAUCAAACGUGCUAGACAUAUUUGAGGUCAAUGAUAUUUUGUCAUCAAAGGGCUGGCAUUUAAACGCAUUGCAGAGACCUAACAGCCUUCAUAUAUGCGUUACUCUGCAACAUGCAUCGGUUUACGAGGACUUCCUUCAGGAUUUGAGAGAAUCUGUGCAAACUGUAAAACAAAAUCCAGGUCCCAUAAAUGGAGGCCUGGCUCCAAUUUAUGGUGCUGCAGGGAAGAUACCAGAUAGAAGCAUGGUUCAGGAGUUGUUAGUAAAUUACAUGGACAGUACAUGCUAGUGUCAUCUUCUGUCCUUCGGAAUCUUUCUUUUUUCUUUUUUUUUUGCUCCAUUAAUUGCUUUCAAUUUGAUCUGUAUCAGAACGUUUGUUGAAUAGUUGGAUGACUAAACAUCUUGUUUCUAUUCAUUUAUCACAUAUUUAAGCACUCGAUAAAUAAAAACAUUGAAUAAAAGCUAAAGGCUCAUUGUGCCGGAAUUCCAUUGAAA